AAAAUCAUACAUUUUUAGGAGCACCAGAUCAUUCAAAUUCUCCAAUGGUAUCUGUAAUGAAUACACCUCGCAACCAUCAUGCAAUAGUCAAUGGGCCACACAAUUGUUAUCAAGAAAGAAGUUUACAUCAACAUAUGAGUUUAUUAAAUCAUUCAAAAUCUGUUGCAGCUCCUAAUAUGUCAUCAUUGAGGCAUAAGGAUUGGCAAGAAGGUUUAAGAACUCUUUUGCCAAAUAUGAAUAUGGGGUUUGUAAAUCAUACUUCUCAGCAACCAGCUCCAUCGUUGGUGCCUCCUAGCCAAAAAACUUCUCUGUGGAAUUCUGCAUCAUCAGAAAUGUCCUGGAUGGCACAGGAUACAUAUUCUUCAGAUGGUAGAUCAAAUAGUCCUCCCCAUUGGAUGAAAUCAUUACAACAGCUAACAGUGGAUGAUGUACCAACAGGUUACAAUAAUCAUCAUAUGCCAUAUGUGACUCCAUUUGUAUACAGAGCAUCAUCAUGGCCGCCUGGAAUUCAGUUAUCCUCAGAUAUGCAAGGUUGUAUUAAAUUUCCCAUGAAAUCAUCAAAUCACAGAGUAGAAAAUCUAUAAAAAAAGAUGAAAAUAUAUGAGAUAUUGGAAUUGGACAUAAGAUCUGAUUUAACAACAAUAUUAUUGCAAUGUUACCAAUCUGCACAUUGCCUAGUUUAAAAGAAAAAAACUAUAUAUUUUUUUUCAUUAAAUUCUUUGACUGUGUUAAACUAAUUAGGGGAAACAAUAUAUUUAAAAUGCAUUAUUUUCUUGCAAAAUCUUGUUUGGAUCUUUUAUUUAAAAAAAAAAAAAGAAAAAAGCUUUCCAGCCCCUUUUGGGGUUGACUGGUACUAUGAUCUAUUCCCAAUUCCUAUUGAUUCUGCUGCCAGACCAUAUUUGGAAGUCUUUAUUUAUGUGAUGUAAUAAAAAUAGUCAUAUUUGGAAUGUGUUAAAUUAAAGUUAACAGAGCAAGCAUUAA